CGAUAGAAUAGCAUAAUCGACUACACUGGAGAUCUAGCUUAUCGUUCUUUUGCAAAAAACCAAAAUCAAUUAAGAAAUUUCUUGUUUAUCAGGACAAUUCAAUGUUUGGAGCUUACCAGUGCAACUGUCAACGAGAGAAAUUAUAAUGAGCACGCGCAGAACGGGGUCGGGGCCAACGCUCAACUUUAAGGCGGUGCUGCUGGGCGAAGGCUGCGUGGGGAAAACCUCGCUGGUGCUACGUUACAUGGAGGACAAGUUCAACACACAGCAUUUGAGCACGUUACAGGCGUCGUUCGUCACCAAGAAGGUGUCGCUGCCAGACGAGCGACGAGCACAGUUGAACAUAUGGGAUACAGCUGGACAGGAGCGUUUUCAUGCGCUGGGACCCAUCUAUUAUCGGGGCUCAGAUGGCGCGCUGCUGGUUUACGACAUAACCGAUCAGGAUUCUUUCCAAAAGGUUAAGUCGUGGGUGCGGGAACUGAAGCAAAUGCGAGGCAGCGAAAUAUCGCUUAUCAUUGUAGGCAAUAAGACUGAUCUGGAGGAGCAACGCGCCGUAAGCUACGAGACAGCUUUGCGCUAUGCUCAAACAGUAGGCGCCCAGUAUGUGGAGACCUCUGCUAAGGAGAACGAGGGCGUCAGCGAGCUCUUCGAGUUGCUCACACAAUUAAUGCUGGAGCAUCAUGGCAAUAAGCUGCAGCAUGACGCAAGCUCGUUACGUCUGCAGAGCGGCAGCAGUGGCAUUGGCAUUUCGGAAGAUAUAGACACUGAUGCUGAUAACGCAGGCGCCGCUGCCGAGCAGCGUUCCUGCUGCGGUAUCUAAGCUGUCCAUGCAGGCAGGGAGGCAAGCAGACAGCCUUACAUUGUGAUAAUACCCAUUAUAUGAUAACUAUAUAGAUGAGAAACGAGUGUGUAUUUGUAUAUAAUACGUAUAAAUUAUAUAUGCACUAUAUUAACAAUUAACCAUUAACGGUUAAUGCAAAUGCCAAUAACGGGGAGAGUAUUUGCUUUAAAUUUACCCAUACUUAUUUGUUUUUCUCCUCUUUGCUAAUUUCCUCUUUUGGUUGUGCACACUUUUGGCUAAUUAAAUUUUCUUGUAUGCGUCAAAGUGUUUAUUUUUAAAAACAAAAACAAAGCUAUGUACAUACAUAUAUAUACAGUCGUCAUUAUUGCCAACGAUAAAGUCAUUAAAGUAAUUCACACAUGACAUGCAAAUUUCCCCACGGAGAGUGAGGGUCAGGCGGCAGUUAGCCUGGUGUUCAAGUUCACGUUCAGCUAGUUAUUAAUGCAUAAGCAGCAGUUGGUUACCACUCACGCGCCAAAUGAGACACUAAUACAGAACUUUAGUCUCUUUUUUUUCGAUUUGUUAUACAUAUUAAACAGCAUGAAACGGCUGGUGAUACUGAUAAAAACGCUGAUUGUCUAUGGAUUUGUUAUAAUAUAUGCGAUACUAACGCAUUUGUUGCAAAGCACACUGCAGUUGCUAAUCAACUAGCUGAACAAUUUAUUUAAAA